AUGAUAAUUGAUCAUAAUGCCAGUGAAGAGAGAAUCAAACUUGAGAUAGUUGUUAAUGAUGCAAUCGAGGUCUUGGUGAGUUUGUCUUGUGCUCGACUACCUACUCCGCAGCUUGAACUUACUUCCACACUGCAAAAAGACGAGUAUGUCGAAGACUGCGGAAGGGAAUUCCACGGUUGGGUAAUUCACUACCAUCUCAUUGAUGGUGGGCGAGAAAAGAUUCUGGUCCAUUUGGAUUCACCUGAUGUCCUUUGUCCUAUUUCGCAAGAAAUUGCGAAGGCUGUCUUAUUAACACACAAUAUUGAUUUGAGUGAUUCAACGCUGUCGAUAAUGUAUUCUCACCCGAAACCCGUGGAACUUAUCCUUCGCAAGGCCUCUACUUUAGAUGAAGUGUCUGCGUUUCUAAGCCUGUCGAUCUGCAAUCACCUUCAGACAGGCACUCACCAUGUAAGCUUGUAG